CUCCUUUCAAACGCAGUUUGAAGUGAAUUCAUUCGGAACACAGUGAACAAAACUUUCUUGAUUUCCAAAGCGAAUGGCGGACACCGGCCUCUAUUUGAAUUACCAAGGGCUCUUGAUGCCCAGACUCACGCAUUCGGAGGAAAGUCUCAAAUACCUCGAGAAAUUCACAUUCAAAGAUGAUGACAUCUUCGCAGUUACUUAUCCAAAAUCCGGUACCACGUGGAUGCAGGAAAUUCUUCCUCCACUCCUGAAUGGAGGAGACCUGAAUGCAGUGCAAACAAUCCCGAACUGGGACAGGGUCCCAUGGCUGGAGGAAACUCGAGCUCCCCUGGUCCUUGAUAAAAUCCCUUCACCACGAGCCAUUGUGUCCCACAUGCCUUAUCAUUUGAUGCCUCAAACCUUUUUCAACUCCAAGGCCAAGGUAAUCUACGUCACUCGGAAUCCCAAAGAUGUUUUAGUUUCAUCUUUCCACUUUCAUAAAAUGGCCAGUUUCCUUGAUGACCCUGGAACAUUUGAAGAAUUCACUGACAGAUUCCUAGCUGGAAAUGUUAUUUUCGGGAAGUGGACUGACCAUGUGAAAUGUUGGCGAAACCUUGACCUUGGGGAUAGAAUUCUCUACAUCACUUAUGAAGAAAUGCUUCAGGACCUUCGUGGAGUCCUUGAGCAGAUUUUGACCUUUCUUGGUCGCCAGCUCAGUGGAGAUGCUCUGGAUCGCGUGGUCGAUCACUGCACUUUCAAAAAUAUGAAAACAAACACCAUGUCAAACUACUCUCUAGUGCCAGAAGGUAUCAUGGACUGCAACAAGUCUUCCUUCCUCAGAAAAGGUGUUGCUGGAGACUGGAAGAACUACUUUAGCCCUGAGCUUGACAUCAAGUUUACUGCAGCGAUUCAAGAGGAAAUGAAAGGAAGUAACAUCAAAUUCCCAUGGGAUGAGGAAUGAGAGAGUAUCUCUUUUCAUGACAUCUUAGUUUACAUCAAAAUAAACACAGUCAUAAUGGGAAUUUGUAACCAUAUAAUUAGCCUGAUUUUACUGUUUCAAUGCCUGUUCAAGUGUAAAGUUUAAUGGCCAUUCGGCAGCACAGCAUGAAAAGAAGUAUUGCAGCUUCCAUUGCUGAAGUUGCAGUUGCAAGACAGUUAGGCAAGUUGAGUCUUUGUUGGGACACUGAGAGAAGUUAAAAGUUCUGACUUUCACUGGGAAGUUAAAAAAAUAACCAAUUUUCAUUCAAGAGCUUAUUCUUAAGUAAGACACAAUAAGUUUGAAAAGUGGUCCUAAAUUGCCCUGUUUUUAAUUUCCUGGAGCUGUAUUGCAUCAUUUAUAUAUCACCAGAACUCAAAUUUGAAAAAGCCUCCAAAUUCAAAGAGUGUAAUUUGUUGUUAUCGAGAAAUUUUGCUGUUAAUUUUACAUAUUUGAACAAAAAUGUUUGUAUAUUCAAGUUUUUAUUAUUCAAGAGGUGGACUUCAGGUUGUGAAAUCCAGGUCUCAAUAUUAAGGUUGUUGAAUACGGGUUGAGUUGGCAAUUCAGGUGGCAAAAUUUGAGGACGACAUCCGGGAAUGCAAGGAAGAGCAAACGAGCAACGAUGUAAUCCAUCUCACUCUUGGACCAAACAAUACCAUAGAUUUUUACCAUAGAUAUAUGAAUGUUUAAGGGAAAGUGUAUAUCUUGGGUCUUACUGGUAAUCAAUUCUUUUCACCACCACUUUUAAUCACCUUUUCGCCUUCACUAGUUUUAGAUAGUCCUGUGGUGUGAAAAAUGUGUCUUAACAUUAAAAAAAUGUGAGGUCUAAACAACUGUAUACAUAAUAGAUGAGAAUGAAUUGAAAUAACAAAAUUACAACAAAUCAACAAAUUUCUAUACCAUUCUAUAAAAGCUGUUUAAAGUAGUUUUAGGUGAAAUAUAGUGUAAAGCAGAACAGCCAUUCAAAUUCAUUCUACAAAGCUGAAUGACUUUCCAUAGUAUUUCUACAUAUGAGGAUUAUAAGCAUUCAUACAAGAUACAGAAAGUUUUUACAAUGCAACCGACAGGGUAAAUCUUUUUUGUUCAUUCUUUAUUUCUGCUGUUUUACACAUUAAACAUAUGUUGACCAAAACCAAGCUUAGAGUUUAAAGCUUGGAGCAGAGAAAAUUUAUAAUAAAUAAAUAAAUUAAAUCUGUAAACUGUAUUCUAUGUUAACAUGUAGAUGAUGUAUUCUAAUGUGUCAAAUAAAAAAAUUAUAACAAAGCUUUCGAUUUAAAUAAAUAAAAAAAAAAAGGA